UGACGGCUUUCAAUUUUAGGCGGAAGUUUGGGCUACAAGGGGCUCAUCACGGCAAGCGGCAAAUUACUUCCUUUUCCGGUGCCCUUGUCCCGACUGUGUUGGAGAGGAAGAGGUGAACGGGAAGCCGCGCGAAGAUGCUUCGAAAUCUGUUGACUCUUCGCCACAUUUCCCAGAGAACCAUCAGCACUGCUUCACGCAGGCAGAUGGCAAACAGGGUUCCGGAACACCAGAAACGUUUCCAGGAAGAUAAUGGCCUUCCAGUUUACCUGAAGGGUGGAAUAACUGAUGCACUGUUGUAUCGAACCACUAUGCUCCUUACUGUUUUUGGAGCCGGCUAUGUUGUUUAUGAGCUCUUCAUGGCUGCUAUGCCCAAGAAACAGAAAUGACUUCAGUUUACAGAAUGCCUCUCGGAAUAGCAUCUCUCUGUCCCAUUCCAUUACUCUCUUCAGGGACCUUGUCAUAAAUGACUUAUGUGUUUGGGAUCAAUAUUUAUUGAGUUGAAAUGUUGUACGCUGCAGUCAAUAAAGCAGGCUUUACAUUGCU